ACCAAUCACUGAAUUUGCUGCCAUUUUCUGUGCCCUCGCUCGCCUGCUAAUGCCCUUCGUAGCAAUGGUGGGCUUCAGCGUCCUUCGGUCUACCGCCGCCUUUGCGGCCAGACUAAACCCAUUUAAACAGGCUAUUUCUAAAGGAAACUUGCUCGCUAGGACAGCAUUGCAGACCGAAAAAGCGGUGGUCCGUUAUGGGAGUGGAAAACAGAUGUUCAUUAUCAGGCCCAGUGAGUUCUACGACAGGAGGUUCCUUCGUUUACUGAGAUUUUACAUCUUGCUUACCGGUAUCCCUGUCGCAAUUGUGGUAACAAGUCUGAAUGUGUUUAUUGGUGAAGCAGAGCUGGCUGAAAUUCCAGAAGAUUAUGUCCCAGAACACUGGGAGUAUUACAAGCACCCCAUUACCAGGUGGAUUAUGCGAAACUUGUACGGCCCGCCUGAGAAGGACUACGAGAAGAUGAUGGCGUUGAUUCAGAUGGAGUCAGAGAAGGCCAACCUGAGGCUGACGCAGCAGGAGGCUCGCAGACAAAUGCGAAAACACGGAGAUGGUCCCUGGUACCACCAGCCCUCCACGGACAAGGAGCUCAUCGACUACAGCUACAAGUCGACUCCAGAUAACUAAUCCAAACUGCGAGUGAAAUCCAGCUGCAGUGCGGGUUGUCUAAACUAUCGGCAGUCUUAAUGCUGGCGAUAGUGUGUAUAUGUAUAAUUUCUCAUUGGCUGAAAUAAAGCCCAUUUCAGUUUAUCUAAA